AUGCUGUGCCAUAAUUGCGCGACGGCCCUGCAGGACAUCCCUCACCAGGAUUCUUAUUGCGUCAGAUGUUGUCUUUGGCGGCCGCGAAACGCUGGAAAAGUCCACCACUGCAACGUCUGCCAGCGCUGUGUUACCGGAUUUGACCAUCACUGCGGCGUGUUUGGGCGAUGUAUUGUCCGUGGAAACAUGCCCUGCUUCCUGGCAAACAUCGGCAUGAUGUUCGCGGGUAUGGUCACAGCCAUGAUGGCGCUGAUGUCUUCCGGCGCGGUGAUUCAGGAAUCUGGUCCUCAAUCGGGACUUUGA